UCAAAAGCACGGCCUGGCCCGGCCGUUCCCCGCCCACCCUCGCCGAUCGAGCUCGCAUUGCAUUGCAUUGCAUUGUGCCUGUGCCUCUCCUCCGUUCCAUGACGAUGGGCUCCGCCGCCUCCGACACCGUCGUCGUGCCCCGCAACUUCCGUCUGCUGGAGGAGCUGGAGCGCGGGGAGAAGGGCAUCGGCGACGGCAGCGUCAGCUACGGCAUGGACGACGACGGCGACGACAUCUUCAUGCGCUCAUGGACCGGGACCAUCAUAGGCCCGCUCAACUGCGCGCACGAGGGUCGCAUCUACCAGCUGAAGCUGGUGUGUGACAAGGACUACCCCGACAAGCCGCCGGCGGUGCGGUUCCACUCCCGGAUCAACCUGGCCUGCGUGCACCCGGACACCGGGGUGGUGGAAGCCGACAAGCUGCCGACGCUGCGGGAGUGGCGGCGGGAGUACACGAUGGAGCACCUCCUCACCCAGCUCAAGAAGGAGAUGGCCGCGCCGCACAACCGCAGGCUGCCCCAGCCACCCGAAGGCACCUUCUUCUCCUCCGAUUCCAAUUCCAGUUCCACCACCACCAGUAGCUAGCUAGCUAGCCGGCGCGCGGCUCACCGGGUACGGUGUACGUGCCAGCUACUCAGCUCAGACUUCAGAGUUCAGAGUUCAGGUUCAGAGCAGAGCACUCCGGAUCGAUCGAUGCCUGUAUGUGUGUGUGAUCUCAACUCUGCAAUCUCAAGACGUGUGUGUGUGUGUGUGUGUCUCGUCGUCCCAUCUCGGAUAUCAUUAAAAAAAAAUAGUUUUCAGGUUGCAUGCAAA